UUGUAGGAAAAGACCAGAGGCCGGGAAGGAAAUUUAACAGCAAAUAUAGAGUAGUUUCUGGGAAAGAUUCUGGGCCCAAAGCAAAAAUCACCAGCAAGACAAAGAAUACUAUGUAAGAGCAACAAUCCUAGCUGGGUGUUGGGGGCUCCUCUCCCACGCAGACCGCAAAAUGAGGGCCUUCACCACAUUUAAGCAAUCUCCACCCAAAUUCCACACCAAUUACAUGGGGGGGCCCUGGCUCCACAACUCUCCUUCUCUCCACCACCCCACCAAAAAUACUUUAUUAAUGAGAGGGCAGCAUAAAGCCACAGGACUCCAUGUGCUCAGGGACAGCCCAGAGAGAGCGGCCUGGCACCAGCCCCAGCUGAAGCCCGACCCUCCUCCAGUGAGGACCCGCUAAGCUAUGCCUCCCUCUAAUUACCAGAUGCCUGGCUCAGGGCCUGGCCAGUUAUUUAGAGAACCAGUGCCUGCUCCUCACACAGAUCUCCAUGAGGCUGGGGCCGCAGGCACUGUCUGCUCAAAGCCAGCUGCCUGAAGCUGCCAUCUCCCCACACCGCGGUCCUGGGACCCUUCCUGCGGCCUCUGCACCCCAAAGGUCAGCGGCACCAUGUCACUCGCACACACAGCUGCAGAGUACAUGCUAUCAGAUGCCCUGCUGCCCGACCGUAGGGGACCCCGCCUCAAAGGACUGCACCUGGAACUUCCCCUGGACCGCAUGGUCAAGUUCAUAGCUGUGGGCUUCCCCUUGUUGCUGAUGUCCCUAGCAUUUGCCCAGGAGUUCUCUUCCGGGCCCCCCAUCCGAUGCUUCUCUCCCAGUAACUUCAGCAUCCGGCAGGCCGCCUACGUGGACGGUUCCUGCUGGGACUCACUUAUUCACCACGAACAGGAUGAGCUUGGCCAGAACAAGAUGAAAUCCCUGUGGCCUCACAAGGCCCUGCCCUACUCCCUGCUGGCCUUGGCUGUGGUCAUGUACCUGCCUGUUCUGCUGUGGCAGUAUGCAGCCCAGCCGGCCCUCAGCUCGGAUCUGCUCUUCAUCAUCAGCGAACUGGACAAAUCCUACAAUCGUUCCAUCCGCCUGGUGCAGCACAUGUUGAAGAUCCGGCAGAAAAGCUCAGACCCCCAUGUUUUCUGGGAUGAGCUGGAGAAGGCUCGGAAAGAACGAUACUUUGAAUUCCCCUUGCUAGAGCGGUACCUGGCCUGUAAGCAGCGCUCACAUUCCCUGGUGGCCACCUACCUCCUGAGGAACUCCCUCCUGCUCCUCUUCACCUCAGCCAUCUACCUGUACCUUGGCCACUUCCACCUGGAUGUCUUCUUCCAAGAGGAAUUCAGCUGUUCCAUCAAGACAGGCCUCCUAAGUGAUGAGACCCACGUGCCCCAUCUGAUCACAUGCAGGCUGACCUCUCUGUCCAUUUUGCAAAUUGUUAGUCUCUCCAGUUUAACAAUAUACACCCUAUUGGUUCCGGUGAUAAUAUACAACCUCACACGACUAUGUCGGUGGGACAAACGGCUCCUAUCCAUCUAUGAGAUGCUGCCAGCUUUCGAUCUCCUCAGCAGAAAGAUGCUGGGAUGCCCCAUCAAUGAUCUCAAUGUGAUCCUCCUUUUCCUCCGAGCCAACAUCUCUGAACUCAACUCUUUUAGUUGGUUGAGUGUCUUAUGUGUUUUGAAGGACACGACCACCCAGAAGCACAACAUUGACACAGUGGUCGAUUUCAUGACAUUAUUGGCUGGCUUAGAACCCACAAAACCUAAACAUCUCACCCAAAGGGUGUGUGAUGAAAACCCCUAGUUAAAAAACCGUGGAGCAAGAAAUUUUAUGGAAAGUAAAAAUCUCUCUCCUUCUUCACAAGCCUCACACACUAAGGUACAAAAAUACCCGCUUUAGAAAUGCUAAGUGUGGAUUCAGCUGAAUCACAUCCUGUAUCAUGUUUUCCUAAAGGUGAGAAGAUAAAAUCAACGCAUGAAAACAAAUCUGAAAGUUAGAGCUGAAGAGUCAAAGAACUAAAAAAUUAGAUCUAGAGCAUUCUAUGAGGAUAGGGGGGAAAAAAACACCUAAAACUCAGCUGAAGUCUAGACAUUCUAUAAGGAAAGAAGGUGCUAAAGGCUAUUUAUGGAAGCAGGUUCUUUUCAGUAUAUGCACUCCAUUGCCCUUCUGGAAUGCACGCUCAACUCAACCCAAAGAGCAAAAGGGCAAUCUGUUAAGUGAAUAAAAAUGUGAAAUGCUUCAGGUGUGGCCUGAAAUCCUAGGAACUUGCCAGCUUGCUUUGUGGAAGUCAUUGACCUUGCCCAGGUCCUGUGUGGCCUGCAGAGUGGGAUAGAAGACAAUGAUGGCAGGACCUUGUUAUCUGCUUUUGGGGGUUAGGCCAGCAUAGAACGAGGCCAGGGCCAUGCAUCAGCUAGGGGUGGAGCUCUGGGUUUUCUUCAUCAUCUAAACCAGGGACCACUUCGCCAAGGGCUGGGAUUAUGGGCUUCUUCACAACUCUUGAGGGGCCCAGGCGUGCUUCGAAUACUCCAGGAGAUGCCACACCUCCUCCACUUACAGCCAGUCACUGAAUAGUGACCAUUAGAACUAAAUGGGAAAGACAGGAAAGUGCUGUUGGGCCCUUUCUCUCUCUUCUUUAUUACCCCCUCUUAGCUUCUAACUUCCAUUCCUGCAUCUGAAUUUAAUGGAACCUUGAUCUGACUUCUGAGGCCCUGCCCAGCCCACGAUACCAUGCUGUCUCUCAUUUGAUAUUUCAUUUAUAGAGCUGCAUAUUUCUUCAGAGAAUUUUUGUAUGCACCAUUUAGACCCUUCUUCAUAUAGGUAAGCAGAAAAAUUCCAUUGCUCCCAUGCUUCUCACAACGCUGAGCCUUUGAAUAUGCUGUUUCACUGCCCAAGAUGCCCUCCCCUGUUCUUCACUGGCUGUCCACCAGCUCUCCUUCUGAGUCUGCCCAGACAUAUUUCCUGCAAGAAGGCUUCCCUAUCUCCUCCCCUCUUCCCUAAUUAUGUGCUGCCAUAUCAUUCAAUACCUACCUCUGAGAUAAAAAUUCUUACACUGUAUGAAUAUUGCCCACUCAUUUGCCUUUUCCUCUUUAACAAGUUUCCUAAAGGUUGUAUCAUAGUGG